AUGAAAGAUGCAGAACAGAAAUUCCACUCCCGAUUUGUAAACUUGACGGAGGUUUACAUCAAUGAGCAAGAAGCAGAACUAUUAAGAAAAGGCCUCAAACACAACAUUGAAAGUUACAACCAAAAGAGGGAACUUGAACAAACUAUCGUGGAUACUGAAGUUAUUAUAUCACGGCUUCCAACUGAAGAACAGGAGCACGCCAGACACAUAUGUCGGCACAUAAUUGAAAAAGACAUAAAUGCCAAGAAAACUAGGAAGCAGAAGAACGAAAACCAAACCAUAAAAGGGCCCAAAGAAAAGCUAAGGGCAAACAAUGUUAUAACCACAAAAGCAGACAAAGGCAAUACCACCGUAUUAAUUGAUAAAAAAGAUUACAUAGAGAAAACUGAAAGUCUAAUAACUGAAAUAGGGUGCAAUAAAUUGGGAAAAGAUCCCACUGAAGAAUACCAAGCAGCAAUAAAGAAUACCAUAAAGAAAAGCACAACCAUAAUAAAGGAUAAUCUACCAUAUAGACUAACACUUAUGAACCCGAGUGUCCCUCCGUUGAUUGCCUUGCCAAAGACACACAAACCAGGCACCCCGAUGAGACCUAUCAUUAAUUACAAGUCUGCUCCCGGAUACAGACUCUCCAAGCACCUAAAGACGCUGCUGAAGGAUAGUCUGGAUCUACGCAAUAAAUAUACUGUUACAAAUACAACGGAACUAAUCGAGAAGAUGAAAUCGUUGAAGAUCAACGAAAACACUAAAUUCGUAUCAUUCGACAUCAAGGACCUUUACCCAUCGAUACCAACAAUAGAAACCAUAAAGACCGUACAAGAAAUACUGAUGGGAAAAAUGAAAAGAGAAGCUGUCACGGAAAUAAUAAACGCGUUGAAGGUCACAUUAAAACAAAACUACUUCCGGUUCAACAAUAAGAUAUAUAAACAGAUUAACGGGUUAGGAAUGGGCAAUCCGACGUCAGCAAUACUCAUGGAAGUAUUCAUGCAAACACUGGAGGAGAAAUACAUGAAAAACCUAUCGACCAACCUAGGAGUAAAAUUCUACGCGAGAUAUGUCGAUGAUUUUUUUCUACCCAAGAAAUUUUGA